AUGAAGAACAUUGAGCAAGAAAACCAUGAAGUUCGUAAGAAAGUGACUGCUUUGAGGGCUGGUAUGGAAAAGCUCCCUGCUUUGGUUGAAACCCUGGUUGCUACUCAAAAUCAACCUUCUCAUCAUAUUUCUCAGACUCCGCUUCAAAGAACCGCGAUUUUUGAAAUCAUGUCAAUGCCCAUUCCUGUGAAUCCCAUUAGUGCUUCUAAGAACUCUAACAAGCUUGAGGAAGGUUUACCUAAGGAGAAGGAACAAGCUGCUAAUGCUAUUUCGCGAGAGAAACAUGGAGGACCUCGUAAAAAAAUUAGACAACACAUGGAGAAGUUUGACACGAUCCCAAUGGCCUAUUCUGAAUUAUAUCCUACUUUAAUACAGAAGAAUCUGGUGCAAACUAGGACUCCACCAACCAUCUCAAAGAAUCUCCCAUGGUGGUUUAGGUAUGAUCGUUUUUGUCCAUUUCAUCAAGGGGCACCUGGUCAUGAUAUUGAACAUUGUUUUGCUUUGAAAGCUGAAGUACAAAAGUUAGUGCAAAGCAGUAUUUUAUCUUUUGAAGAUUCUGGACCCAAUGUCUCAAUAAGUUUGUUACCCAAGUAUGGAAAUGCUGAAGAAGGAUGUCUCGGAGAAUACUAUAUCUCUACGUGA